GCCAGUCCCCCUCAGUCCUGACCCUCACCUCCCUCGGAAUCCGCAAUCUCACUUGUCCAAGCAGCAUGUCUGAGGAUGAUUCCAUCCAGUAUCUGGGUACCCGACGCGCUAAUCUGGCUCCACCGAACCACUCCAUUUUCAGCACUCCACCUCAGCGCACUAUCAUCGGGAUCGAACUGAGGGUCGAGUCCAACGGUGCCGAAGAAGGGCACACCCUCGUCUUUCACAAAUCCGAUCAGCAGCUCGUGCAUGUAGGACGCCGACCAGGCUCCGAUUCUGACAAGAGCAAGACCGAGUCCGGUCGGGCUUCCUUCAACUGCCCUGUUGUCAGCCGGCAUCAUGCGAAGAUUGUCUUCAGCGACACUGGCCUUUGUUAUCUCAUCGAUACUCAUUCUCACCAUGGCACGCAUAUCCGCAAGGCCAAUGAUACAGUCCUGAAAGCACUGGCCCCGGAGACACCUGCUGUGCUCUCUGCCGGUGAUGCGAUAACGUUUGGUAAACCAGUCAGCUCAGAUAAAGGACUCGUCCAACCCAUCGUCGCUCAUGUCGACCUGCUCUACGGACAGCCUCAGCUGAAGCCGCUCUUCGUGCCUGAACCAGGAGCGGGGCAACAUAAACUAUCUUUGGGGCCCCCUUCUGGUCGCUUUGGCCUAUAUGCAUCAAUUCUUUCCGAGGAUGACUCCUCUUCGUCUGACGGACGCGAUUCUCCCGUCUCUGAUUCUCGGGAUUCGGAUGUCGAAGAGAUCGAGAUCAAGCCAUCGACUCCUUCGAGUGCUGGUCAUCCUCCCUGGCGUCGUUCAUCGUGGGACUUUAGCACUGCUUGGCCUGUCAGUCGACCAAGCAUGUUAAAGCAGUUCCUCGGUUCCUUUUCCCAUUGCUCUCCAUUCACAAGUCCCCAGUCGCCAGCUAUUGAGGGUCAGGACCCCGUUGUAUUGGACAAUUCUGUUGAUGACCAUUCAUAUCACAACAACUCUUCGGAGGAUGAGGAAGCUGGGGCGGAGAGCCGUUACGCGUCUCCUAUGGAUCUUUCGAGCUCCCCAGAGCCUGAAGCUGCUCCAGAAGGCCAAGAUAUCGUUGUCGUCGGUGAACCGCUUGUCGUUGGAGCGUGGCCGCACUCUCGAUCAUCUUCUCCCGCUGCUUUUGGGCAAAUUUCCUUUGCUGAAGAAAUGUGCGGCAGGGAUCAGAGCGCUGAUGCACGAGCAGACGAUAGAGAGGGUAUCAUCGAGAUUAUCGAUUGCGAGCCCGAGGCCCGCUCUGAGAACAUCCAAAUCAAUCAAUUGCAAGAAUCGUUGGCCGCGACCAAAGAGGAAGUUUCUCAACUGCAAGCGUAUCGACGCAAGUUCAAGGAGCGAUUCAGUGAGAAUGUGAAAGCUUCAAUUGGCCGGUUCUCGAAACUGGAGGAGCGAACGGCCGAGAACGAAGAUCUAUACAACGCUCUUGCAGAGAGAGUGGAUGUCCAGGAAGAGACCUGCCGCCUGGUCCAAGAGUUGAACGACAGUCUCCAGCUCCAGGUGGAGGAACAAGCGUUGGAUUUCAGACGCGCUGAAGCUGCCUGGACGGAGAAAGUCGAAGUUGCCGAGAGACGGGCUGCCGCUCUUUCUGCGGAACUAGCCAAGCUUCGCGAGGAAACACGCACAGAGCUGGCGGAAGAAGUUCGGCAAAUACGGGAUGCACAGGAGCAGCUGGAAGCUGGCCUAAAACGGAAGCGGGAUUUUGAUGAUGAUGCCGGCGAUGUACCCCGUAAGCGCGUGCACCGCGUGACCGAGGUGUUUGCCCGGACUGCGACCGCUGUGACCAUCGGUGCUGUGGUGACAUGGUCUGCACUCGCCUUCAGCUAGGCUGUCCAGAGAGCGGGAUUCCAACCUUGUAUGUUAGUCAGUCAUGUAUGUAUUAUGCAAGCGGAAUGAAUAAAUGUAUGCCUCUUUGUAACGCCGCAUCCGUCCGAGGGACAACUGGUUUCCUGUCGUUGACGGUCCGGCGGAGGUCCGUGAUUCCGCGGCGCGGGAGCCCUUGAGAAGAAGUCUGGGAUAAAUUACCUCCGGAAUAGCUCACUACAUAGGCUAUGAUCGCGUGUGCGAGUAGGCUCUUCCCCUCUUCCCGAUCUCGGUGUCUUUCAAUCCCUUACCUCGUGCAUAGAACAAUGAGCACCACCUUCAAACAAAUCCUGAACUCGAAAAGGCUCCUCGUCAUCCCAGGCCCGAUCGAGGUCGCUGAUGAGGUUCUCUACGCCAAUGCUCAUCCUUCUAUGAGCCACGUUUCCCCCGAUUUCGUUCCAGUCUUCGGAGAUUGCAUCAGGAUGACUAGGGAAGUCUUGCAGACCACCGUAGGCCAGCCGUUCUUGAUCUCGGGCAGUGGGACUUUGGGUUGGGACCAAGUUGCGGCAAACCUAGUACAACCCGGAGAGAACGCCCUGGUCUUACACAGCGGCUACUUUGGCGAUAGCUUCACCGAAUGCCUGGAGACGUACGGAGCCAAAGUGGACCAACUGAAAGCGGUCAUUGGUGCCGCCGUGUCGCAGGAGGCCAUCGCGGCUGCAUUAUCGGAGAAGAAAUAUAAGAUCGUCACCUUCACGCAUGUGGACACGUCUACCGCUGUUCUGUCUGACGCCAAAGCUGUCGCCGCUACUGUCCAACGCGUUUCCCCAGAUACACUUGUCAUCAUGGAUGGGGUUUGUUCCGUUGCCAGCGAAGAAAUCAAGUUUGACGCAUGGGGACUCGAUGUCGUCCUCACCGCCAGUCAGAAGGGUCUCGGCGUCCCGCCCGGCCUGAGUAUUCUCGUUGCCAGCCCGAAGGCUAUGAAGGCAUUUGAAUCGCGCAGCGUUCCGCCAAGUUCGUACUACGCGAGCUGGAAAAAGCGAGUAUGGUUGCCCAUCAUGAAAGCGUACGAGAGUGGUAGCCCGGCGUACUUCGCUACUCCUCCUGUCAACUUGAUCUACGCAUACCACGCGUCCCUUUCCCAGAUCACAAAGCAAACCCCGUCCCUGGAAGAACGUUUCGCUCUGCAUCGUGCUGCGAGCAACAAAAUCAAAGACGCUGCCGCUAGUCUGGGGCUCAAGCAGGUUCCUUCGGAUCCUGCCUUUGGAGCAAACGGCAUGACUGCACUUUACUACCCUGAAGGAAAGACUGCUGCAGACGUGCUCCCUAAACUGGGCGCAAAGAAUAUCAUUGUGGCUGGUGGUUUGCAUACUGCUAAUAAAGACAAGUAUUUCCGUAUCGGACACAUGGGCGUAACUGUGGUCGACCCGAGUCGCGGGGACAUCGAAACCGUCGUGGCUGGGCUGAAGGAGGUUUUUGCUGGUACAAGUUCCACGUAGGAAGGAUACGUGAGCCGUCUUAGCGUCGUGCUGAUAGUAUAAUUGCAAACACGAUGGUCACGAUCGUGCCGAGGAUGAAUGUGAUGGAGCCCACAGUGAAGCGUGCUACUGGA